GUCAUAUUUUUAAAGAAUAAUUAUUCUAUAAACAUAAUUAAUUAACAAUUAUGAUAUAGUUUUCUUGAUCUUAUCUUGAUAAACAAUUUGUACAGUAUUGUAUAAUAUUAAACAAAUUUAAGAGUUUUUGUAUUAUGAGAAUACGUGUACCAUUGUGAUUGUUACUGAAAAUAUGAACGUGAUUUGUAAAUAGUCAGUAGAUAGUAUUGUUCAAUAUGUGGUCGUUUUUCUCGCGAGAUCCCACUAAGGACUUUCCUUACGAAGUGGGUGAUCCUGUGCGUGGCCUAGAGGACAGGAGUGUGUGGACAUUACACAAAGGCAAAAAAAGGGGCACGCAAGAUGAAGUAUCAAUAUUUUUAUUCGAUGUUAAUAAAAAUUCUGAAACUCAAUUCGAUGUAGCAAAAGCCUCCUUGAAGAAACUAAAGACUAUGAGACAUCCAAGCCUUUUACAUUAUUUAGAUAGCUGUGAAACUGAAAAAUUUUUAUAUGUAGCUACAGAAUAUGUAGAACCUUUAGCUACUAACUUAGAAAAUAUGAAACUGGAGGGUCUGCAGCGAGACUUAUUCCUCGCUUGGGGUAUAUUCCAAAUUACUAGAGCAUUAUCAUUUUUUAAUAAUGAUGGAAACAUGAAACACAACAAUGUGUGUUUGUACUCAGUGUUUGUGACACUUGCGGGUGAAUGGAAGCUUGGCGGAUUUGAAUUCCUCUCAGCUCAUGGGCAGGAUAAUUCAAGUCCUUUACCCAUAAAAAUACUACCAAAACUAGAGAUCUAUGAUCCACCAGAGAAAAAAGAUCCAACUAAAUUGAAAUCUGUAACAAAAUGCUCAACAGACAUGUGGGGCCUUGGCUGCUUAAUAUGGGAAGCAUUCAAUGGACCAUUGACAAACCAACCAGCCCUUAAAACUGUCGAUAAGAUACCAAAGCAGCUAUGUACUUUAUAUUGUGAAUUAGUCAGUGCAAAUCCUGCUUCAAGACCGAAUCCUGCCGAUAUCAUUACAAGAUGUCGAAAAAUGGGUGGAUAUUUUAAGAAUGAUCUCAUUGACACUAUGCUUUUCCUAGAAGAGAUUCAAAUCAAGGACAAAGUUGAGAAGGGAAAAUUCUUCUCAACACUUAGCAGCUAUUUGGACAGCUUCCCCGAACCUGUCUGCGUUCACAAAAUACUACCGCAAUUGCUCACAGCAUUCCAUUACGGUGACGCCGGUUCUGCGGUAUUGGCUCCUAUGUUUAAGUUAGGAAAACUAUUAGAUGAUGCGGAUUAUCAAAAACAAAUAGUUCCAUGCGUGGUGAAGUUGUUCGUAUCCAACGAUCGAACCACGAGGUCGCGACUGCUGCAACAGCUGGACCAGUUUAUUAUGCACCUACAAAAUUCUACCGUAAAUGACCAAAUAUUUCCUCAAGUAGUGCACGGGUUUUUGGACACAAAUGCAAUCAUUAGAGAACAGACUGUUAAGUCAAUAGUUCAUUUAGCACCGAAAUUAAACUAUAACAACUUAAACGUGGAGGUGCUCAGACAUUUUGCUAGGCUGCAAUCUAAAGACGACCAAGGAGGAAUUAGAACGAACACAACUGUAUGCCUAGGAAAAAUUGCUGCUCACUUACAUCCGCAAAUACGUCAGAAAGUUCUAGUGUCAGCGUUCGUAAGGGCCACCCGAGAUGCCUUCCCGCCAGCGAGGCAAGCUGGCGUUUUAGCUCUAGCGGCCACACAACAGUACUUCCUGUUAUCUGAAGUUGCGAAUCGGGUGCUUCCUGCGCUUUGCCCGUUGACAGCUGAUCCAGAAAAACAGGUUCGUGAUGCAGCAUUCAGAACGAUAAAAGGUUUCCUCGGUAAAUUGGAGAAAGUAUCGGAGGAUCCAAGUCUAAAAGAAGGAAUGGAAGCAGACGUCCACACCGCGACACCGUCCCUCAGCAACGCAGCGGCGACGUGGGCGGGCUGGGCCGUGACCGCCGUCACCGCCAAGUUCUACCGCUCGCACUCCGACACCGCGCGCGUACAACACGCGCCCAAGUCCGUGCUGUCCAAGCCGGGCUCGCUCGAACAACCGUCAUCAAGCAGUAUGUCAACUACGACCUCGUCUGUGACAUCGAUGACGUCACUCGAACACAGCGAGUCCGCCUCGGACUACGAUCCCGAACACUGGGACAUGACGGCCUGGGGAGAAAUCGAUUCCAGUGCGGGUACAACAGCCGCUAGCGCCAAAUCCCCGCCGAGUAGCGGCAGUGCGCAGGCCACGCCAGGUCUCGCCGCGCUCUGUGAGGACGACUGGGACAACGAGGAGUGGGGGACGCUGCAGGAGCAACCUGCGGCAGAAGCGGAACUAGCGAGUCCUUCAGAGACAUGGAACAACGCUCAGUGGACGGAGCCCAACGUGAAUAAUGCGAACGCGACGUACGUUCGCGGCCCGCGAGUCGAACACCGGACCGAGCACCGAGUCGCCGCGCAUCAGAACAGCAACGACUCCCUCGGCGGGUGGGAGGACGGCGAGUUCGAGCCGAUCGAGGAGAACGCUGAUGAAAACAACGCAUCAAAAAUGGAUGAAAUGAGACGUAAACGAGAAGAGAGAAAGUUACAAAGGCAGCGUGAAAUGGAAGCGAGACGAAGCGCACGUGGUCAGGGACCCAUGAAACUUGGCACCAAGAUAACGACACCCCCUCCUCCUUUCUAAUUACCCCCACAUCCUGAAUAAUGUAUUUAUCAUACUUGAUUGUAUGAAACGUCACUGAUAUUCAGAACUGUGUUUAAAUGUAAAAUGUUGUAUUAAAGUUACUUUUGAAACCAUACUAAAAAUAACCUUUUUGCGGUUUUGAUAAACCAGUAUACUUAUGCUCGGUUACUUUAUUCAAUAAACGAUCCGUUUUGAUUACGGAUAGGCGAUAGUAGAAUUUGUUAACAGGUACGCCUGAUUUACAAUUCAGAAGCUGUCGUUGGUUUGCUACUCACAGAUCAAGGCUACAAGUAUAAAUAUAUAUUUUUUAAUAUAUAAAACUCAGUCAAUAGUGACUGAAUUUUUAUAUACAAAAGAAUAAUGCUUUUAUUGUAUUUUUUUUUAAAUUCUAAUGAAUUACCAAAGGAUCCCAGUUGCUCUCUCUGGUCCGUAGACAAAUAAAGUAAUAUAUAUUUUUUAUAUGUGCUAUGCCAUAAAAGCUAGCUUAUAAAUAUAUUUAUAUUAUAUAUAAGGUCUUUGUAAUCAUAGUGCAUCAUUUCAAAUGGAGACUAUGGAUCUUACGUAUAACAUUCCAAGCGAAAAUAUCUGAUUAAUUCUUUAAUUAGCCUUAUUUACUCGUAACAUUAACAUAUUCAAAUAUCAUAUAUAAUAUUUUUACAGCAUAAAAUACUUAUUACAUUCAAUGUGUGAUGAGAAAUGCAGUUAAAAUAUUUGUAAUGGAAAUUGGAAUGACUAAAAAUUAAAAAAAAAAAAAAACACCACUAACAUUCACUAACAGUACUUACAGAAUAAUGUUUAUUUCAGUUAAUUAUUUAAUGUUUAUUUCAUGCAUGCUUACAAACAUUUUUGAAAUGUAAUUUUACAAAAUUUUAUUAUAUUACGUGCCUAUGUGUUCAAUCCGAAAUAUAUUUAGCCUAGCAUUUAUAAGCCUAUAAAUAAAAAAAAUAUUAUUUUUUUUAAACUUAUACAAAACUUUAUUUUAUUUAUUUUUAAUAGUACUUAAAAAAAAAACAUAACAAAAAUACUGAAAAAAAAACUGUUAUAAGGCUUUCAGGAAAAAAUUGUCCUAUAUAGAUACAAUAUGCUUAUAGGUAGGUAGUACACAAGAAUAUUACAUCAACAAUAUCAAAAUUGCUAAAGUUAGUGAAUUUAUUUACCAAAUGUAAUUUACUUAGACAAGUAUUUUUUUAACCAAAUACCAAUAAAAGUAAAACCUACAACCUAAUAAAACUCAAAAAAAUACGUUUCAUUCAAAUCAUUCAAUUAAUGUCAAAAAAUAGAAAUAGAUAAAAACGCAGGUUUUAUAAUAUUUUGCUAUAAUAAUACGGUAAUCCUUGUUACAAAUAAAUGUAUAUGACAUCUGUAAUUCAAGUGGGUAGGUAGAAAUAUUUUAGUGUUAAAUGUGUUUCGGUUUGAACUUACAUUUCCACAGUGGUAUGCGCAUGUAAAUACUUAUUAUUUCUAACAAUUCCAACGUCCAUGGUAAUGUAAUGUAAAUGGUAACUGGUGACCACUUAACAUCGUGUGCUUUUGUACUACUAAGUGGAUGUUUUUUAAAUGCGCCGAAAGAGAAAAAAAUAGAAGUUUAAAGCAGGUUCUUAAUCUCAAUUUUAACUGCAGUGUUUUAUGUACUGAUUGGCUAAGUGUGACACUGCGAACGUCAACAAAAAGAUGAUUUCAUGUAAGUAUAUAUAUAAUUAUAAUUUAUGUGUUGAUCAUAUAUUUGUGUACGUAAUCCAUUAACCAAUUACGUUUACCUCUUAAAACUAUAAAGAUUGAGAGCUGAAGGUACCAUGUAAUGUAAGAAAUAAUAAAUGUUUAAAAAUGCAACACAACACUUUUAUACACUUGUGUAUUCAUAUAUUUUAUUUUUAUAUAUUUAAAUCAUUAUUAUAUCUAAUUUAAUUUGAUUUUAUAAUUACGUAUAAUACGGAUACAUAUAAAGUAAUCUGAUCCUAUAUCAGAACUUUGCGUUAUCAUGUAUGAUAAAUACACUAUCACUUUUAAUUGUAACAAACUCUGAGCUAUCUUCCUAUUAUGUCUGUUCUUAACCAGUUGCUCAAGAAAUUAAAACGUACUGUGAUUCGCAUAUUUGUUUUUUUUUUGUUCGCUAUAUUAUUAAUUGUUAAUUAUACCGGAUUCAUUUAAAAUUAUAUGUAGUUGCAGUUAUAUACGCAGAGAAAUGUAGUUUAAAUUUAUUUAAAUUUAGAUUUUCUAUUUAAAACAUAAACAAAAAAUAUAUAAAUAAAAUCACAUAUUGAACCAGCUAAAAGCUAUCCCAAUCAUUCAAAAGAUUUCUAAGAUCAUGUUAAAAAUGUUAAGUAUACUCAUAGAAAAAAAAUCAAACUUAAAAUUGGCGGCAUUUUUUUAAUAAAUAUGAAUUUAAGGCACUUUUUGAUUGUAUUGUCAGCAAGAGUUUGCAAAAUUUUGCACAUAUUAACAGGUGAUAAAUAAAUCUUGUAAAAAAUAUAAAUACAAUACUAAUAUUAUUCAGUAAUAUUUUAUCUUUAUGAUUAAAAAUUUAUUAUCUUUGAAUCGUGAUAACAGUUUCUGAUUAAUAUCUUUUCAAUAAAUAGAUAAAGAUAUGUUAUAUGCCUAUUUUCUAGAUUGAGUUAUAAAAUAUUUUAUAUAUUUAAUGUAAUGUAAAUUUCAUGUACUUGUAUUUGUUACAUUUAAAAAAACGAUAGUAUUUUUUAAUUUUUGAUGGUUUUUUAAAAUGGUUUUAACUGCAAAGAAAAUUUAAAAAAUAUAUAAAAAAAAAAAAAAAAACAAAUUACAGUUCUAUAUAAUUCACGUGGAAAUUGUAACACCGUAAUGACCAGACAUGGAAAUUUAUAUUCGGGUGCAUACGGAAAUACGAACUACGAGAACCGAGUCGGCCCUUAAUAAUAUAGCACUUUUAUGCGGUUAUGUAUGUUUUAGUUUUGAUCACAGUACUGAGCGACCGGUUGAACUGUCAUUGACAUCUCUAUUAAGAUACCAAUGCCCUUUCACUUUACUUCCAUAUCUAUAAACCAUGUCGAAUGUCAAGUGUGAACGAUUCAAGCAUAUCGACUGCAGAUUUAUAACAAUAUCUGCUGUUUUCAUCUUUAUUCCAAUAAAAGAUACUAAUUAAAUUAUACAUUUUCCAAUGCUUAUGAAAAUUUAUUAUUAAAUUAUAUAAUUUUCAAUA